AUGCAUCCCACAAUAAUCGCAACCUGCAAGCAAACCCGCUUCCACGUCCUUGAUCAAGCCUCAAAAGAGGUGGAUGUAGAAGGAAUCACCAUCGCGGUAUCAUCGCCACAAAACCAUGCCGAAUCCGCCGCAACAGACCUCAAAUCGAAACGAAAGGCCAAGGCUGAAGCGAAAGAACUGAUCUCUGAUGCGCAUCUGCGUCUCAAAGCAGGUGUGCACUAUGGACUAGUAGGUCGUAAUGGGACUGGAAAGUCAACACUACUGCGAGCUAUCGCCGACAAGUUGGUACCUGGGAUCCCACAUGCUACGCGCAUUGCUAUCAUGCAGCAGACGGAUGACGGGAGUGAUGAGGAAGCUCAAGAGGAUAGGAGCGACAAGAGACAGCAUCUGCCGAUCUUGGAGUAUGUGCUGGCAGGCAAUGAAUAUAAGAAUGAAAUCAUGAGGAAGAUGAAUAUCUUGUCUAAGAGUUUCGAGUCCGACGAUCCGCUACAGCCUGUGAAGGCUAUUCGCACAGUACGCCAUGAUGAUGUGGAGAAGCAGCUCUUCAUAGCACAGAAGAUGGUCAAUCUGAGGAGUGGAGCGCGAGGGUUACAAGCACGGAAAGAAUUGAGAUCCGCUGAAGCGAGAUUGGAGGCAUCGCUGGAGUUGUUAAACCAGGCGAAGGAAUCUAUCGAUGCCGACACGAUACAGAAAGACACGCAAGCAGCAAUGGAGGUUCUGCAAGAGUUGCAGUAUAAGGUUGAGGCUAUGACACUUAUCGAUGCUGAGCAGCAAGCUCGUCGGAUCCUUCGUGGUUUGGGAUUCCACGAAGAGAUACUCUGCAAGCCUGUUUGCCAGUUGUCCGGCGGCUGGCGGAUGCGAUGCAUGCUGGCUAGCGUGUUGAUACAAUCUCCCGAUAUCAUGAUCCUCGACGAACCGACCAACUAUCUCGAUCUCUUAGGGAUCAUUUGGCUGGAGAACUAUCUCCAAGGGCUCCGUGAAAGUUCACAGACAACAAUUCUCAUGGUCUCGCACGAUAGAGAUUUCGUGCAUGCCGUCUGCGAGGAGAUUAUUAUCCUCAGAGACCAGAAGCUUACCUACUUCAGAGGAAACCUGUCUGCGUACGAGAAAGACGUCGAAGACCAGAAGCUACGCUGGGGCCGCAUGAAGGAAGCACAGGAACGCCAAACCGCACACAUGGAGGCCACCAUCCGCGAGAACAUCAAGGCAGGCAAGAAGACAGGUGACGAGAACAAAUUACGUCAGGCCAAGUCGCGACAGAAGAAGAUUGACAAUCGCAUGGGCGUACAAGUCAGUGCCAACGGCGGCCGUUUCAAGCUGAAUCGGGACCUGGUUGGUUUUCACCUCACCGCGCGGGCAGAGAUCGAGGUGCCAGUGGACGAGAGAAAACCGUCCAUUGUUCUACCCUCAGCAUCCGACUUACGAUUCCCCGGUCCUUUGGUCUCUAUGGAAGGAAUUGGGUUCCGAUACAACAAGCAGCAGGCCUCUGUGCUUGAUGGUAUCGAACUGGUGAUGCACAAGGGAGAUCGUGUGGGCAUCAUGGGUCUCAACGGAUGCGGAAAGUCGACGCUGAUACGUCUCGUGACUGGCAGCGCAGCACCGACACAUGGCAAAAUAAUGAGACAUCCGAGACUGAAGCACGGGUACUAUGCACAGCAUUCCAUCGAAGAGCUUCAGGAACAAGGCCGGUCGAAGCUUGAUAUGACGGCGUUAACGCUGAUGGCAUCAGAGGCCAAUGGCGCACUCAAUGAGGGCGAACUCAGAGGUCUUCUGUCAUCAUUAGGUCUCCAGGGUAGAGUUGUGUCUGAUGUACCCGUCUGUCGACUUUCAGGAGGCCAACUAGUUCGACUAGCUUUGGCGAGGGUCGUUUGGACCCGUCCACAGCUGUUAAUACUGGAUGAAGUUACAACCCAUUUGGAUUUCGAUACCGUGACGGCUCUUUCUGCUGCACUUUCUAGUUUCGAUGGGGCUAUCUUGCUUGUGUCCCAUGACCGAUAUAUGGUACGUUCCGUGAUUGAAGGCAAGCGAGCUCUGGAAGAAGGCAGAGACGAGGAAUCUGAGGAGGACAAGGCAUCGAAUACAUUCUCCAGCCAACGACGUGUCGUACAUGUAUUGAAAUCAGGAAAGCUCCGAGAGCAAGAAGAAGGUGUGGAGCAGUACGAACGAAGCUUGGCGAAGGCAGUUCGAAAAAUGCUGCCAACAAUGAGCUAA